ACAAGUUGCAGACGGAGAAGGCGUUGUUCGUGUUAUCAGAAGUAGUUUGCAUGAAAACACACACACACAUUAUCGUCAGUAUUGAUCAGGACAGAGUGUGUGUGCAGCAGUGUGUGUGUUGAUGACACGUAUUAGCCCUUUUAUUAGCUGAGUUAAUUAGCCUGAGACGAAGAGUUAAAACCCGUUGCCCGUGGACAUGAAGAAGCUCGUGCUGCUGCUGCUCGUGCUGCUCGGCGUUGCACAUUUUGCGACCCUCAGCCGAUGUGAAGAUGAUGUUACAGAGGAGAAGCAGGAAGCUGACGAAGAGGACAGUGAUGAUGACGAGGAGGAGGAGGAGGAUGAUGAAGAUGACACGGAGGUGAAGGAAGAGAAUGGCGUGACGGUUCUCAACAACAAAAACUUUGACACUUUCAUGGAGGGCAAAGACACAGUGCUGGUGGAGUUUUAUGCCCCAUGGUGUGGCCACUGCAAACAGUUUGCCUCAGAGUAUGAGAAAAUCGCUCAAGCUCUGAAGGAGAAUGACCCUCCGAUUCAUGUCGCCAAAGUGGACGCAACAGUAGCCAAUGAAAUCGCGACCAAGUUCGAAGUGUCGGGCUAUCCCACCUUCAAGAUCAUGAAGAACGGGGAAGCUGUGGACUACGAUGGAGAGAGGACAGAGAAGGCUAUUGUGGGUCGGGUGAAAGAGGUGGCGCAGCCAGAUUGGAAACCCCCCCCUGAGGCGACGCUGGUUCUCACCAAGGACAACUUUGAUGAGAUUGUGAACAAUGCAGACAUCAUCCUGGUGGAGUUCUACGCCCCAUGGUCAGUCAGUAGACAAUCUUUGAUAAAAUACAAAUUGUUUAAUGCCACUGUUGUCAAUUUUGUUUCUCAAAAGUGA